GCAGUACACCCAGCAGCAGGGACCGGACGGGACGACGGUGUACGUGGUCGCAUCCGAUAUGAAUCCGGACGAUAUCAGCGCGCAGAUUCAGCAAAGCAACCCCACUGCAAAAAUUAACGGCCAAACCACGCCUCUGGAUGUUUCAGGCCUAUCGCAAAAUGAUAUACAAGGCAUACUGCUUGGUUCACACCCAUCAUCGCAGACGAUAAAUGUCAAACGUGAGCCCGAAGAUCUACGUAAAGAGCCGAAAAAUUCACGAAGUCAAAAGGUGUUGGUUGUUCAGCCUACAUCGCCGUCGAUACAGAUUAAAGAACCUCCACCCAGCCCUGGAAGUCCUUCGGCCGAAACCAUGUAUGCUGCCCCCGGCAGCACGCAGAUCUACCUACAGGGUCCAUCGCAUCAGGCAAGUUCGGCCGCCACAGCCGGUUCCAAUGUGAACACCAAUUCGCCCAGUCCCAGCUCCUACGAUCAGUACGGAAUGUACCAACAGAGACUAGGACCUGGUGGCGCAGCAUUUAUCGCUGAGCAGUACCCCUAUCGCGAGUACUUUGAUCCGCAGGGCUAUGCCCCGGCUCGUACCAUUUACGGUACGGCAGAUUCGGACGGACCCCAGCCAGCUACCACGUACGAGGGUCGCUACUCGUCCAAGACCGGUUCGAUCUACACCAAAACGAUCACCUCCGCCGGACUGACCGUGGAUCUUCCCAGUCCUGAUUCGGGUAUUGGUGCUGAUGCUAUUACUCCCAGAGAUCAGAAUAAUGUACAACCGUCCUUCGAUUAUACAGAACUGUGCCAGGCACCGGCCGGUUUAUUGGAUCCGAACUCGAGCGCUAUACCGGCAUCGGUCGCAAGCCUGCAGCGAAACCUGACGGUCAACGGUGGCCAGAACAGUCCUACGACCUCGAUUGGCAGUGCGACGGCUCCGCCCAGAUCCCGACCGUGGCACGAUUUUGGACGGCAAAAUGAUGCCGAUAAAGUGCAAAUACCAAAAAUAUUCUCCAACGUCGGUUUCAAAUACUAUCUGGAAAGUCCGAUUAGUUCGUCCCAGCGUCGAGAAGACGAUCGGAUAACCUACAUCAACAAGGGACAAUUCUACGGCAUUACACUGGAAUACAUCCACGAUCCGGAUAAGCCGCUCAAGAGUCAGACUGUAAAGAGCGUUAUCAUGCUAAUGUUCCGCGAGGAGAAGAGCCCUGAGGACGAAAUCAAGGCCUGGCAAUUCUGGCACAGUAGGCAACACUCGGUCAAGCAGCGGAUAUUGGAUGCAGAUACGAAAAACUCCGUCGGUCUAGUCGGUUGCAUUGAGGAAGUGUCACACAAUGCCAUCGCUGUCUACUGGAAUCCACUGGAAAGCUCUGCCAAGAUUAAUGUCGCAGUUCAAUGCUUAAGCACAGAUUUUAGCAGUCAAAAGGGUGUUAAGGGCCUGCCGCUGCAUCUGCAGAUCGACACGUUCGAGGAUCCACGGGAUACCAGCGUGUGCCAUAGGGGUUACUGUCAAAUCAAAGUUUUUUGUGAUAAGGGUGCUGAACGUAAAACACGCGAUGAAGAGCGACGAGCGGCUAAGCGUAAGAUGACGGCGACUGGCCGGAAAAAGCUGGACGAACUGUACCAUCCCGUAGUGGAUCGGUCGGAGUUCUAUCAAAUGAGUGAUCUGAUGAAACCACCGGUGCUGUUUACUCCUUCAGAAGACAUCGACAAGCUUACUUCGAUGGAUUUGCCAUUCUAUGGCCAUGAUGGAGAUUCUCUGUCCGGUGCAUCCGAUAACGUAAAAUCGCCAUUCUUGCUGCAUGCUAACAAACCCGCAACGCCCACGCUCAAGUUCCACAACCAUUUCCCACCAGAUGUCAAUACGGACAAGAAGGAUCCAAGUAUCAUUAUGGAUGGAUCGCUGGUGGGCAAUAUGUCCGAGUUUGGGUCUCAGAUCAAGCGACAACGGAUGACCCCACCGCUCAGCGAACGGGUUAUGCUCUACGUCCGACAGGACAACGAAGAUGUCUACACACCCCUGCACGUAGUUCCGCCGUCGACAGUCGGACUUUUGAAUGCUAUUGAGAAUAAAUUCAAAAUUUCGACGUCCAGAAUUAAUAACAUUUAUCGCAAAAAUAAAAAAGGGAUUACGGCGCGAAUUGACGAUGAUAUGAUCAGACACUACUGCAACGAGGACAUCUUCAUCCUGGAGGUACGACAGUACGAGGAGGACCUCUACGAUAUUACGCUGACGGAGCUACCGACGCACUGA